AUGCUUUUUCUUGCCUUCGGGCUCGACGUCGUCAUCCCCCUGGGCCUCCGUCCGCUUGGCUUGCAGCGUUUCUUUUUCUCUCCGCCCGAAGCCAAAACUUCUCCUUUUGCGGUUCUGAUAGAUAAAUAUCCAAACAGAAAAAAAAUUACUCGCCUCCCCCCCCGACAAAGGAAUUCCAGCAAUGAGCUCUUCUGGUCGCGCAUCCGGGUUCCACGAGGCAUGAAAGGACGACGGUUCACCCUUCUCGCGGGCCUGGCGUCCCUGAUUGUUCUGCUCUUCAUCUUCUAUGCGCCAAAUUCGGACGAGAGGCCUAUCAUACCAGCUCCAAACCCCGGCAAUUCUCCAGCAGCACCGCAACAGCCGCCGCCAGUCGAGUCCUUUGGCGACGAGAAUAUUAGCUACAAUAACCCCGCCGGCUCCACGGGCGAUGAUCUCGCCCAGCAUCCGAUCGAGAGGCUGAUCCAGACCUCCAGAGCGCAGUUCAAGACCACCCAUUCACGACAGUCAAAGACCCUGCAGCAGGCUGCUACCGAGUACCGGCGUCGAUAUGGCCUUCAUCCGCCGCCGCACUUUGACGUCUGGUUCAAAUUCGCCCAGAGCAGAGGCGUUCAGAUGAUUGAUGAAUAUGAUACGAUAUACCACACCCUGCUUCCCUUUUGGGGAGUCAAGCCAAAGACCAUCCGGGAACGAGCAAGGGAAGCUAUAGGCUUUGAGAAUGCCCUGAUCGGACUGAUGAUAAGAGAUGGGAACGUUACACUGGUUGACGGCGGCGGAGAAGGCGAGCAGUGGAAGAGGGAUGCGAUCAAGGGGAUGAUGGCGACUUUCGUCAAAUACCUACCUGACAUGGACCUGGCCUUCAACAUACACGAUGAACCGAGGGUCGUCAUGGCGCAUUCUGACCUCUCACGACUAGUCGCUGAAGGGAAGCGGAUGACUGCCUCGAACGGACAGCAGCAGGGGCUCCAUAAUCAGUGGUCUGCACGGCCGGAAGAUAGCCCUGCUAGACAACUGGAGGAUGAACCCGUCGAUAACACGGCACAGUACUCGACAUCUCCCCUCGGGUUCAUCUCCAAUACCACCGCCUUCUCAGACGUUUGUCUGACCCCUUCUCUACGCCAGACUUUUGGCUUCUUCGAACGACCAAACGCCCUUGAUAUAGUUCAUGACCUCUUUCCUAUCUUUUCACAAAGCAAAGUUUCCUCGUUUCAGGAUAUCCUCUACCCAAGCCCCUGGUACUGGAACGGGAACGUCGCCUACGACGCAAAUCAAGAUAUGGACUGGUCCACCAAGGAAGACCAGAUGUACUGGCGUGGCUCGACCACAGGCGGCUUCUCACGAGCAGGUGGAUGGCGCAGACAGCACCGUCAGCUCUUUGUACGCAAUAUCAACAGCCUCACCCCCACGAAUAUCCUCGAGAAGAGCCUCGAGACUGGCCGAUGGGCCGUGAAGCAGAUUCAGCGAAACGCCCUGAGGUCUCUAUUCAAUGUGAGCUUUAGCCACGUCGGCCAAUGCGAUCCAGAGGACUGCGAGGCGCAGAAGGAGUACUUCACCAUCGUCAAGCCGGCGAAACAGCAAGAUGCAUGGAAGUUCAAGUACCUUGUCGAUAUUGACGGAAAUGCCUUUAGUGGGCGGUACUACGCCUUCCUACUAAGCAAGAGCUUGGUAUACAAGCUUGCUCUCUUCCGCGAAUGGCAUGACGAAUGGCUUCGGCCAUGGGUCCAUUUCAUCCCCCUCAGCUUCAGGGGAACCGAACACUACGAAUCUGUCCGCUACUUUGCAAAGGAAGAACCAGGCAAGGAUGAAGCAAUAGCCAUUGCACAGGACAGUCAGAAAUGGGCACGUAAAGUUUUACGCAAUGAGGAUCUUGAGGUGUGGUUUUUCAGGCUUUUAUUAGAGUGA